CAAGAACCCCGCGCUUAUUACAAGAUCGGCGAAAAUGAGGCGCAGUCAAAGGACCAGCCUUUCGCGACCUUCCGUGACAUCCUGCCUUGCUUACCAUUCCCAUGUCUGCAACCAACAACGAUGCUGAACGAAGCGCCUUCAUAACAGUCGGCACCACACGGUUUGAUGCUCUAGUUGAAACGGUAUCUACACUAGAGUUCCUGAAUGCGGUACACCGGAAUGGUUUUACGCGCCUCACAAUCCAACACGGGAGAAGCCCAAUCCCAUUGAUACCACCUGGCUCACCCAUUCGAGUAAUAACAUACGACUUCAAACCAGAUCUAAAUGCGGAUUAUCAAUCUGCUGCCUUGGUCAUUUCACAUGCCGGAGCAGGUUCGAUCCUCGAAGGACUAGCACUGGGAAAGCCGUUGCUGGUGGUCGUUAACAGAGGUCUCAUGGACAACCACCAACUAGAAUUGGCAACUGCUAUGGCAAGGCAGGGGGUCUUGAUAUGGACGGACGUAGAGAAUUUAACGACCUCCAUUGACAAGGGCGGGUGGGAGAACUUGCACCGCCUUGAGGAGAGCGAUCCAACCAUCUUUAUUGACAUCUUGAAAGAAGAGGCUGGAUUUCCCUUGAAAAGAUGACACUUGGUAUUCGUAUUGUAUAUACUUCUAAUUAGUGUUCAACGUAUUAUUUAGUUUGGCAACAGCCGGUGAAUGUUUUCCGUA